AUGGUUUUUAUUUCUUGGCCUUUGGUUGAGCUUCGUUUCCUUACAUUAACUCCUGGAGCCGUUGGAAAGUCCACAAUUUUAAUUGGCGCAAUGCAAGCUAGAAAUAAUGCUCGAGUUUUGGUCAGUGGUUCUAUCGAUUUCUUUUCCAAUGAAUUUUUCAAUGCGAAUGCACAAAAGGCUGGAACUACUGAAAAGGGAAAAAGCGGAAAUUCCGAACUGGCAAAAGCUUUAAGUAUGUGGGUACUCAAAGAAGAAGGAGUUUUGCGUAUUAAGACAGUUAAACACCAUGUAGUUGGACAAACAACACCUCCAACUGAAUACACAAUUAUGGACAAUGUGCACUAUGAAAUCAAUAUUGAGGAGUUAAAAUCAGGCAAAUGGCUUCCUUUCAAAGGGGAUGAUGUUCAACUUGAAUUUGUGCGUAUUGAUCCUUUUGUUAGAACUACUUUGAAGAACAAUAAUGGACGCCUUUCUACAACUUUUAAAGUGCCUGAUGUUUAUGGUGUUUUUAAAUUUUUGGUUGACUAUCAUCGUAUUGGCUACACACAUUUAUAUGAUGUUCAGCAGGUGUCGGUUCGUCCACUCAAACACACUCAAUAUGAAAGAUUCAGUCGUUGUGCUUAUCCUUAUUACGUUUCUGCUUUUUCAAUGAUGAUUGGGCUUAUACUCUUCAGUUUUGUUUUUCUCUAUUACAAAGAGCCGAAGGAUGCUAUUUCACAAACGACAACUACAAAAUCUGGUCAGGGACAAAAAGCAAAGACCUCUUAA